AUGUACUCAUCCCUCAUGUGUCGCAACCGGUCCACAGACAGACCCGACAGACACGCAGUCAUCGAUCCGUUCAUCGCAUGGCUUAUGUCUCCACUCAUGAGGCCUUUCGAUGUAAUCCUUAAUCCAAUCCUUAAUCCAAUCCUUAAUCCAAUCCUUAAUCCAAUCCUCACUUCAAGUCAAUUGACUAAAGUACAAGAAAUGAGUGGUGAUGUGGGAACCACUGGUCCACCAUUGGUGACAGGUGUGGAACCACCUGAACCAUCAGGUGCCACAAGUGGUAUACUAAUUGAACCAUUAUUAGCGAUGGCAGAAGACGUUAAAGACACGGUUCCAGGCAGUGGUGCAACCGCUGCCAAAACCGUAGCCGAGGUCGCAAAUGAAGACUUUAUGAUGGGAGUGAAGGCUUGUGUGCAACCCGUGAUUGGAGACGAGUUUUAUCCGAUGAAACGCAAUCCUCGCGGAUAUUGUCUUAUAUUCAAUAACUAUGACUUUCCCAACCAUUCCGAUGAGUAUCCGCACAGACAUGGAUCUGUUGAUGAGGCCAAACGCCUGAAAGAUAUCUUCGAACAGUUGUACUUCAAAGUGCAAGUUAUGGACAACUCUGUGAAGGCCGACACACUCAAGACUAUUGAGGAAUAUUCCCAUAAAGAAGAACUCAUAGGACACGACUGUUUUGUUCUCAUUGUCCUCUCGCACGGAAAGAGCGGAGGAUUUAUUACAUCCGAUGGACAGUAUAUCCCAUUCAAAGAAGUGGUGGAACAGUUGAACAAUAAGAACUGUCAAAAUCUCAUUAAUAAACCAAAACUGCUGUUUUUUAGUUGCUGUCGCGGUAUUAACAAAGACUAUGGAGUGGAUCAUACAGUGGAGGCAUUGGGAGCGGCGCUAGACUUAGACCAUUGUAAGAGCGAUGCGGGAAAGAUCUCAAUACCGGAGGAAAAGCCAAAGAUUAUGGAGAGAUUUCCGAUUGUCAGUGAUAUCAUGAUCUGCUACUCAACCAUUGAUCAGUACGUGUCGUGGAGAUGUGAGAGUAAGGGCACAUGGCUGGGGAUGGCUAUUGUCAAAGUACUCGCUAAAUCAUCGCACGAACUCGAAUUGCCACAACUUCUCACUGAAAUUACAAACCACGUCAACCAGAGAAAGGGAACAGAAUAUGGGGCCAAACAAGUGGUCGAAGUUAUAAUGAGAGGCUUUAAGAAGCGAUUCCACUUUAAUCCGGGUUAUUCUGUGGGUUCGUCCACAUCUACUAAUUGAUUAUGAGCUCAAUUUUGGACAUCCAUUCCUUCCAUUCGUGCCUUAAUUACAAAUAAUGAAAUGUUUGCACAAUUUAUGUUGAUUUAAAUCUCAAUUUAUUACAAUUACUGUCUGCCUCUCUAUUCAUAAUUAAAACUAUAAACUAUUCAUACUAUGAGAUGAGCUUAUAUUUUGUCUAAU